AUGAUGCAGCUCUCGACGCUUCUCACGCUUCUUCCUCUCUUCCUGGCUCCUUCCCUCGUCUCCGCCCAUGGAGUCGUCAGGGAUAUCACUAUCGCCGGCAAGAAAUACACCGGCCCUGAGCCUCGUCAAGGCUUCCGUGAUCCUGGUUCCUCUAUCAUUCGACAAGUCGAGGAUACCAGCCCAGUCAAGGGUGCCAACAACCCUGCCAUGAGCUGUGGUACCAACUCCGCACGCGCUAGCCAGGUUGCAGAUGUGAACCCAGGCGACGAGAUUGCAUUCAACUGGGGAAGCUGGCCCCAUCGAGUCGGACCCCUCAUCACUUACAUGGCCUCUUGCGGUUCCACCCCCUGCUCCGAAUUUGACUCUGCCAACGCCAAAUGGUUCAAGAUUGACCAGAAGGCCUUGAAGGACAACGGAGGGUGGUACCAAGCUGAUGUCGCUGACGGUGCCCCUGCUACCGCCAAGAUCCCCUCCAACCUCGCACCCGGAAACUACCUCAUCCGUCACGAAAUCAUCGCUCUCCAUGUCGCCAUGUCCCAAGGCGGUGCCGAGUUCUACCCUUCGUGCUCCCAGGUUCGAGUUGGUGGUUCGGGUACCGGUGCUCCUUCUGGUGACGAACUCGUUUCGUUCCCUGGUGCUUACACCGACAACCACCCCGGUAUCCUCAUGAACGCGUUUGGCAAUGUCGCCAAAUAUGACUUCCCUGGUCCCGCUGUCGCCAAGCUCGCAGGUGGUGGAGGUGGUGGUAACGCCAACCCUGCUCCUGCUCCUGCACCCACCACGUCGUCGGCCCCUGCUGCGCCCACGGCAACUGCACCUGUCAACAACGGCGGUGCUGCCAGCCCAACAGCCGAGCCUUCCACUCCUGCGCCACCUGCUGCCACGCCAUCCACUUCCAACGCGGCUGCCACCACUUCUUCGCGUGCUGAGGGUGCCCCAUCCGCACCUGCUGAGACGCCUUCUCCUUCCCAGGAGGCGCCAGCUGAACCUUCCCCUGCUGCACCCACCACGCAGGUUGCCGUCGUCGACCCUGUCCCUUCUUCCUCCGAGGCUGAACCAGCCGCACCAACCUCCUCCCCCGUCGACGUUCCUUACACUGAAGCUGCUCCUGCUCCCGCAGAACCAUCUCCCUCUGACGCAGCUCCAGAACGACCUUUCACGUCCUCUGAAACGAUCCCAUCUCCUUCCCCUGUCGAUGACGGCGCCGAUGAUGUCCCCGCUGUCACUCCCGCUCCCCAGAAGCCCAGUCACGGUCACGGUGGACGACCCUCUCAUGGCGACACCUGCAAGCGCCGUCGCCGAUCCAAGUUCAUCAGGCGUCCCUCGUCGACUGCUGCUCAGGGUGCACCUACCGCUCCCGCUGCUUCUGAGCCCUCUGCUGCCGUCCCCGCUGACGACGCUGAGUACACCCUCCCCGUUGGGAGGAGGCACAGCCGGGUUAUGAGGAGGUUCUCGCGCUUCUAA